AUGUCUACAAAUCCCUUCCUUGAACAAGUGAGGUCUUCAUUCCAACGUUCGAGAUCUUUGAACGCAGGGCCAUCUUUGCAACCAAACCGGGUGAUCUCUGAAAUUCAGAAUCGUCUAGAAAGAGAGUUGGCAACUGGAAAAGAGCAAGCCAUUACCACAUUUGAAUGUCUUGCUAUCCACACUGACCUCCUAGGUUCUUCACCUUCAAAUUCGAAAUCAAGUUCAGACCAAGAAGAAGAAGAAGAGAUGGCUGCCAAUGAGUUCAUGGGAGACCUUGAUAUCCCAACAAUUCCAGCAUCCCCUUCAAGCAUCUUGCUGCUCACCGCAGCUCGAAACUAUGAGCUUAAAUCUUCUCAUCUUAAUAUGUUGCCUUCCUUUUAUGGUUUACCUAAUGAAGAUCCAUUAACCCAUAUAAAGGAUAUUUUUAAUGUUGUGAGCUCUUUUCCCUUGACAGGUGUGACGGAAGAUCAACUUCGAAUGAGAGUAUUUCCUUACACUUUGAAAGAUAAGGCGAAAUAUUGGUUGAAUUCUUUGAAGCUUGGUUCACUCACAACUUGGGGAGCCAUUCAAAAGAAGUUCUUGGAGAAAUACUUCUCCACGCAAAAAACCAACAUGCUUAGGGACAAGAUCUUACUAUUUGCACAACAAGAUGAUGAGUCGUUUUGUGAAGCAUGGGAGAGAUUCAAUGGGCUGCUCAAUCAAUGUCCUCAUCAUGGGAUUCCAUUGAAGCUUCAGAUGCGUGGUUCUUAUAAGACUAAGACUCCCGAAGAAACAUAUGAACUCUUUAGGGAGAUAGCAAUGGAGACCCAACACACCGAUACAAGAGGUAAACGUAUUGUUGGUGGUUCUAAUGAUUCUUCCAGUGUGCAGAUUUCCAAAUUGGAACAAAAGCUAGAUGCCCUCCUUGCAUUGAACUCAAGAAACCCUUCAAAGAAAGUGUGUAGCAUAUGUGAAACUCAUGAUCAUCCUACCAUUUCUUGUCCCCUUGGGGCUGCAUAUCCAGAAUUUGUGCAAGAGCAAGCUAAGUUGGUGGAGGAAUCAUCCAAACUUUUCAUGGAGGAAUACACAGAAUCAAGCGAAUCCCCCUUCACACCAAAGGCCACAACAAUCAUCAUCUUGGAGGAUAUAGUGAAGCAAAUGGCAAUCAACCAAUCCAAUUUCCAGCAAACUACACAAGCUGCCCUCUCCAAGUUGGAAGUCCAAUUAGGCCAGAUAGCUGCUGAAAUAGCUCAAAGAGAGCCUGGGAAAUGGCCAAGCCAAACCGUGAUCAAUUCGAAAAACCAAGAAGCCAAGGCCGUUCAUGUGCUCAGAUCAGGUAAGAUUGUUGAUAACAAAGUUGGUUCUGAUCUAUCAAAUGAUGUUGUGGUUGUAGAGGAUGAAGAUGAAGAGGAAACCACAGCUAUGGAAGGAGAACAACCCAAAACAUCCCAAUAUGCUCCUAAGGCCAAAUCUGAUUCUCAGGAACCCAAUCCAUUUCAAUUGCUUAAAAGAGAUGACAAAUUUGUGCCAUCACAUCUUCAUCAAGAUAGAUACAUCCCAACUCCUCCAUAUAUUCCACCGAUUCCAUUUCCAGGCUUUUUGAAGAAAGCAAAUCAAGAUAAGGCUUUUAAAGAGAUUUAUGAUAUUUUGAGUAAAGUUAAUAUCAAUUUGCCCUUGCUUGAUGUUGUUAAACAGAUUCCUGCAUAUGGAAAGUUCAUCAAGCACUUGAUGACUCACAAGCUCAAUUUUGCUCCAAGUGAAGAAGUAAAGCUCAACAAGAAUGUGAGUGCUGUGUUGCAAAGGAAGCUUCCACCAAAACUAGAAGAUCUUGGCAGCUUUGACAUUCCCAUUAACAUCGGAGAUAAGAAGGUUGGAAGAGCCAUGUUGGACUUGGGAGCAAGCAUCAAUGUAAUGCAAUAUUCAGUUUAUCAGGAGCUUGGCUUAGAAGGGAUAAAGAAAACCUCAAUUCGUCUUGAACUAGUUGAUCAUUCUAUCAAAUAUCCAAAAGGUAUUGUAGAAGAUAUUUUAGUUCAAGUUAAUACACUCAUUCUUCCGGCUGAUUUUGUAGUGAUGGAUAUGGAGGAUAACCCAUAUGGAGACCGUGUUGAUCCCAUUCUCCUUGGCCGACCAUUCAUGGCCACUGCGACACAAUCAUCAAAGUGA